CUAUUUAAAGUCAAUACAUUACGAAACGAUGAGUUCAGGGAACAAAUCAUCUGCAGCAGAAGCCUUCACAGUUUGUUUGGACAAAAUGAGACUUUCAGCCUUCCUGUUCCUCGUCCCCACGCUGGUGGGCGCGAGCGUGAACGUGAGGACCCUGGUGUUCCCCUCUGCGACCAACACCGCUUACGUGGAGCUGGUCCCCCUGAAGCCCCUGAACCUGACGGCGUUCACUCUGUGCAUGCGCGUGGCCACGGAGCUCAGCGGGAGGCGCGAGGUCAUCCUGUUCGCCUACCGGACACCGAACUUUGACGAGCUGAACGUAUGGCGUGAGCUGGACGGAAGCUUGUCCUUCUACAUGAGCGGCAAUGGCGUUUUGUUCCAAGUGCCUCAGCUCGGCGCGCUGCAGACCCACCUGUGCGCCACCUGGGACUCGGGUUCGGGCGCGUCCGCCCUCUUCAUUGACGGGAGGAAGAGUGUCACCAAAAUCUACAAGAAGAACCACAUAGUGCAACCCGGCGGGACAGUCAUCGUGGGUCAGGACCCGGAUAGUUACCUGAGUGGCUUUGAUGCCAAGCAGAGCUUCGUCGGGGAGAUCGGCGACAUCAACAUGUGGGACUACGUCCUCUCGCAGAGCAACAUCCAAGACCUGUUCUCCGGGAAGUGGGUGGCGAAGGGAAACGUCUUCGACUGGGAAACCGCGGAGCUUAGAGUCAACGGGGAGGUGACGGUGGUUGAUAUUGAGCUGUAGCUCGAACACGACAUCUUGGAUUAAAGCAGGCAAUGUCAUAAUUUGAAGCAAUUAAAGGCUCUGCUCGGCCCCAUUACACCUGUUAUGACGUACAGUAUUGUAAGGCUGAUGAUUUGUUGAUUUAAUAAAAAUAUAUAGCAACUCA